AUGUCGGCAUCGCUGGCACCAGAGUGUAAUGAGGUGAAGGACGAAAAAUAUCUCCGCGGGGCUGAAAAGGACAACAAAGAGUGUGCUGGCUUGUUCAACGAGUAUCAGAAGUGCCUAAACGUUGCACUAAAGAACCGAGGGAUAGAUAAGCUUCUCGAUGAAGCCCGGGAGGACAACAAGGAAAACGAUGUAAGGUUAACGGCGCCGAGGACUCAGAUCCGUACAUAUAAAUAUCGCAACGUCGUUUCCUGGUGGUUUGUAAGUCGAAAGCCUACGUACUCCCGGCGCACGCACGACGCAAACAUGCAUAUCCGGGCCGCAGCAUCGGAUAGCCCGCCAGCCAGAGCAGAACCUCUCGACACCCUCGCAUUGCGGCUUCAGCAUAUAAUCCAGCUUGCGGCUCGGGCUUCUGCUGGGCUUGUCCACCCCCCAGCGACUGGCCGUCUGUUGCUUCUGCCGAGCUUAUUCCUGCCAAUCGCCGACGCCGACGCCGACGCAACGCAACGCGCGCAACCGCCGACCAUCGAUCGCUCCAAGCAUCAGCCAUCCCACCUUGAGCUCGAGGCGACAAAUCACACCGAUUCGAUCUCUUUUGCUCCCUUGGCCAGCCAGCGGCAUGUCCUACAGGCAGCAGUAACGCUCUAUGCACCCCUUCUCGACCUUGACCCUCGGCAUCUUCGUCGCUGGCUACAUCACUGCGCGUUGGGACCUCCCCGCGGCAUUGUGGUCUUGAGCGCCUUCUUCCUCGCCAUCUUUGUGCCAGUAGCCCUAGUCGCAAGGAGGGAAACAAGACUUAGCAACUACAGCACCCACGAGAACAAGGAGCUGGAAUAUCUGCGCGAGAGCAGCUCAGGCGACGGGGCUCUUUCUGAGUGCUGUCCCUCGUCUUACAUUCGCAAAUCUGAUCGCACCGGUGUUGUCGUCGGAUGGAGGAACUCAACACUCGAUGUUUUCGUCGUCACCAUUCUUGAAGAUGUUGAUGCGCAUAAUGUCGAGUUCCAUCUCAGGUCCGGUACUUUCUUCCGGAGUGGCCCCCACUCCCCGAGUCGGAUCUAUGACCUCUGUGGGCACUCGUCGAUGCAUGUUCUAGGCAUUUCCAAUGCGACAAGUCAAAGCGCGGUUGAUCCUUCGUGGGUAUGCGCCAAGACAAGCACUAACAGCCGAUACCCCCGGAUUUCCUGCGCCAAGGCCUCCAGUAUCCAGCUCAUCCUCUACGACCGGCCUCACCCAAAAGGCAUGCAGUACAUAUCCCUCAAUCCGAUAGCGUUGGCUUUAGGGGACAAGGGAUCGCUCCCCGAGGAUGCUACGAGCAGUGAAGACGACAGCGAAGAGACCAAGCAAGAAAAGGCAAUCAAGGAAAAUCGACGUAAACUGGCCGAGAAGCUGAAGCAGCACAGCAUCGUUAGGCGAGUUGCCUCCGCCAGAGACAAAGCGCUGCCUAAAAUUGUCAGUCAGGUCAAUUGGUCCUGGGAGCUGGAGCAGGCGUUGCAGCAGAACGUCGGACGGCUUGGCCCAAGACCAAAGCGAGGACUUAGUGUUUCCGAGAGGGUGGUGGAGUCGGCUACGACAAUGCGGAACUAUGUGCUCGUGCAGUUGUGGACGCUGUUUUCAGUAUACCUCUUCCCAAUUGUGCAAAAGGCCUUCAUUCUGGUGCUGCUCUUCCAUAGGAUGGUGGCGGAAAUUCUCCUCAUAAUCUUGGAGUUUCGAGCCAAGCCAGGGUAUGCCGCCCUCAAGGAUAUCUCGGCAACCGCCCAGCAGAUUGAGAUUCGUCUCCAGCAAUUCUGCUAUUGGCCAAUGCAAUACGUUACUCUCCGCCAGCGGAAAGCCAACUGGGCAAGCGUCACUACUAGCCAUCCGGACUACAUCCGUUUCUACAACAGCCUUUGGCUUGUUGCCAACGACGUGAUUAUCGGCAUGGCUGUAGGCUCGUACAUCAUUGAGCACAAGGACUGGGUUGCGGAUCAAAUUCGAGAUCUCUUGCGCACAUACACGGUAGAGGCACUCCAACGCGGCAUAUCAUGGCUUAUGGGAUGGCCCGCAGGCCUCAAGCUAAACGGUGAACUGGCUGCCUUUCUUGGAGAUUUGUUUCUCUGGGUCAUUGACUAUUGGUCAAGUAAGUUGCAAUUCGUUGCCCUCCGCACAAGUUCUGGAAGCUGA